AUGGGAAAACAAACUAGAGGUUUAGGUCCUGGAGGCGUUCGGCCGAAGACAGGUCAAAAGAUAGAAUCACUGUCAAUCCGAAUCUGCAACCACGUAUUACUUGUACUACUACUAGACAAGUACACCAACGCAGAACAAAAACUUACUCAAUAA